AAUUGCUCUUCAAGUAGUCAACUACUACACUCCAUCUCACUAUCCUUCACCCAAUUGUUCAACGGUCGUGUCUUUCUAGGUUGUGAUCUGGUUGUGAUCUUUAUGAUUCACUCACUGGUGGUGUCUGAAACUGAAGGUGAUGUUGAGGGGGAAAUCACAAGUGCACAUCUCAACCAGUGUGUUUGAUGGAGAGGAACUCCCUACACUAUCUUGCUAUCCUGUUGGAUGUAUGCUGCUUGUACAGGUCCUUUCUCUGACUCACUUACUAGACAAUUAUACUUAUCUGACUUGUUCACAAUUGUGAUCCAUUGCGGCAACCCAUAACAUUACUUCUAUUUGUUGUGCUACCAAAUCUGUGCUCCUCGCUUUACUAUGUGAUCAUGCUUGUUCUCAGAUCUGUUCCUUAUGGCUCAUAUUUACCUUUCAAGCCAUGAUUCACCCUCAUACUCGUCUCCAAAAUGCUCCGCCCGCCAUCUCAAUGCAUGAAGCCUUGCGAGAGCACCUCAGUGCAUUGGACAGAGAAUUGGAACUGCAAAGAUUAACAUAUGCACAUCAACACACACACAAUAUCACUGAUACUGCUAACUUUCCUUGGA